CCCGGCCCGCGCCUGGCCCGGUGUAGGAGGUGUCGGUGAUCUCGCCCCGCUCCAUCUUGAACUCGUGCUCCAGCUGCAUCUUCUUGGAGAUGACAUUUUUGAGGAGGCUGGAGGCGAACCUGGACUUCUUGUUGGACCCCUUCCCGCCGCCCUCCGCAGCCGGCGGCUCUCCGGCCUCGGCGGCAUCGCCGAGGUCCAGCAGGGUCACCACCCGGGAGCCCGCCCGCAGCCGCCGCGGCGUCUCGACGUGGGCGAUCUCCCCAUCGAGCUUGCUGACCACGAACUCAAGGGCUUUGGUCUGCGAGCGGCCGGAGCGCAGCAGGCUGGGUUCGGCUCUCGGCCCCAGACUGCCGCACUUGAGGUCCAGGUGGUACCAUGACAACCUCACCCGACACGCAGCAGAGGCGCUGCUGCUCUCCAAUGGGCAGGAUGGGAGCUAUCUUUUGAGGAAGAGUAAUGAAAGGGAAGAUUUGUACUCCCUCUCUGUAAGGGGAAAAGAUUCCGUGAAACACUUCCAUGUUGAACAUACAGGAACUUCAUUCAAAUUUGGAUUUAAUGAAUUUUCUAGCUUGAAGGAAUUGGUCAUGCAUUUUGCAAACCAGCCUUUAAUUGGCAGUGAAACAGGAACUUUAAUUGUAUUGAAGCAUCCCUACCCACGGGAAGUGGAAGAACCUUCCAUUUAUGAGUCUGUCCGAGUUCACACUGCAAUGCAGACGGGAAGGACAGAAAGUGACCUUGUCCCAAAUGCUCCCUCACUUGGUACCAAAGAAGGAUAUUUGAUAAAACAAGGCAAAAUAGUCAAGAACUGGAAGACAAGGUGGUUUACACUGCAUAGGAAUGAACUUAAGUAUUUCAAAGACCAGACAGCCACGGAACCGAUUCGAGCACUUGACUUAACUGAAUGCUCAGCUGUGCAAUUUGACUAUUCCCAGGAAAGAGUCAAUUGUUUCUGCUUGGUGUUCCCACUAAGGACAUACUACCUGUGUGCAAAAACUGGGAUAGAAGCAGAUGAGUGGAUUAAAAUACUGCGGUGGAAACUGUCACAAAUAAGGAAGCAGCUGGAGGAGCGCAACGCCACCCUCAGUUCCUAGCUGUGUGCCAGCGCUCCUGCUCCACUGGCAGGAACCGCCUCUCUCCAAGGGAAAGGCAUUGCUUACCAGAGGGCAACUUCACCUCUGCAGUGCUGUCUGUGCCCCUACCCAGAUGUCACCCAGCUCUGCACACACAGGAUCCUGCAGCUCUGGGGCUGCCGAGUCACACGUGGGGACAGUUGCAAAACCACAGCGUGGGUUUGAUACAUGUGGUGUGUACACCUGUAACGCACUUAAUUCAAACACCUGCCAACCAAGCACAGAAGUGGUCACUGUUCAAAACUUUUGUGGUUAUUCAGAGCACUCUUAAUAAUUUAUUGCAAGCUCCAUCACAACUAACCAUUGGUAUCAUAUUCUGUAACCUUGAGCCUCUUACUUAAAAUGGGUCCUUUCUGGAAACAUUAAAUAUCUUUUUAUUACCUGUUUAGGCUUUAAACCAAAAGAAAAAUGGUAGAAGUAAGUACAUUUUGUAAAUAGUAUCUAUAUUGCAAUCCAGAGAGUAUUUCAAGGCCCUUUUUCAAUAUCCCAGAUGCAUGACACUUAGAUCUGGUUAAACACAUUUUUACCACAGUGAUGGCUACAAGUGAACACUUGUUUCAAACAGCAUCUGUAGGUAAUGGCGAGCACCAUCCUGCAAGCACACUUCUAUACAAACCAGGGUUAUGAGAAACAGUAGCUGCUUCCUGGCACUCCUAGCACACGUUUAACAGCAUUGCGGCUCACUACAGAGACAAGAAGUGGAACCCCAGGACACUGGUGGUGUACUCAAAAUAGAUGUUCCAUUUGGAAGAAAAGUUUGACACAGUAGAGAGGCUCAAGACCAGCUUGACCCAGCUGCAAGAGCCCCUGAGCACUCCUGUGCCUCCUCAAGGAGCGGGAAAGAGGGGGGACUCUCUCUCCCUACAUAAUGCUCAAAUUUAUGCUGAAACAGCAUCUGUUCCCUCUCCUGCUAUGCAAAACUGUGGCCUGUGUUUGGUAAUGCUUGUGCAGCAGGUGUUUGAUAAUUGCCUUUACUGGGAGAAGAGUGCAGAAGAGGAAGGCAAAAGUACACUGGAAGAAGGAGAAAAACCUAGACUUGGACAUAUGGACAGCAUUUUAUUUCAGCUUAGAAAUUCAAAGUAUUUGUAAAUAUUUUUAUACAGACUGUUUUCUGAGUAAAAUGUCAUUAUAAAACUA